AUGGAUGCAACUGAACAAAUGCAAAACUUUGUGAAUGGACUUAGAAUGAAGACUAAGCAACUCAUAGACACAGUUGCCGGUGGUUCAACAAACUUCACAACAGCCACUGGAAUAAAGAAAAUCAUUGAAGCCAUUGCAGCAAAUGAACAUCUGGAAUUCUAUGACCGCAGUGUAAGUCAACCCGAAGGUAUCAUUGAUCUUAAAUUAGCAAAUCAAGUUGUGAAGAUGGAAGACCAAAUAACAGCUCAAGUAGAGAGAAGGCUCAAGAAAAUGACUCUUAACACGCAAACUGUGGCACAAGUGCAACCGGUCCAACCUAUUCAGGCUGUUAGUUGUGAAAUUUGUGGAGGUCCUCACUUCGCCAUGCAUUGUGUGGCAACUGCUCAACAGGUUGAAGAGAUUAAUUUUCUGAAGCAAAAUAAUCCGUACUCCAAUACAUACAAUCCUGGAUGGAAAAAUCAUCCAAAUUUUUCUUGGAAGGACCAGCAAGGAAGUGCUCAGAAGCAAGUGCCCACCCAGUAUCAAAGUCAAACACAACAGCAAUAUCGUCCACAACAACUGCAACCUUACCAGCAGCAGCAGUUUCAUCCUUCUCAACAACAAUUCCAACAACAGGUUCCCAGAAAAGCAGAUUGGGAAAUUGCCAUUGAAAAAAUGGCAGCUCAAAGUUCUCAAUUUCAAGAGGAGACGAGAAGUAAUUUGAGAAACACUGGUGCUUCUAUAAAAAAUCUGGAAGUGCAAAUGAGUCAGAUUGCUCAACAACUUGCGGGUUCGCAAACACCAGGUGCUUUACCGAGUGCUACAGUUACAAAUCCAAGAGAGCAUAAUAAUGUGAGUGUUGUUACAACAAGGAGCAGUAAGGCAAAAGAAGUCCCCAAAAAAGAUGUUAAACAAGAGGACCAAUUUCUUGAAGUUGAUUUGGAGAUAAAAGAGAAUGAAGUGGUUAGUGAGAAGGUGACAGUAUCUGAACCAGUAGCUAAAGAAAAAGUUAGUGAAUCCAAGCCGGUUGUCAAACUCCCGUUUCCAACAAGAAAUAAGAAGAAGGAGAAACAUGAGAAGAACUUUGAAAAGUUCUUGGAGAUGUUCAAAAAACUUGAAAUCAACAUUCCGUUCUUGGAGGCACUUGAGCAAAUGCCCUCUUAUGCUAAAUUUAUGAAAGAUAUUAUUUCAUAA